AUGAUCAAGAGGACAUCCAAGCAGGACACUGCUGUGGGGUGGAAUCUCGUGCGUCGACUUCAAGACACCUUCACUGUGCAAGUUUUUGAGCCUUUACGAGAGCCGUUGCGGCUCUUCAAAUUGGUCGGCGACAUGAUCCCCGCGGAUAUGCUAAAAUUGAUCCUUGCAGGCCUCGACUACCUACACUCAGAGUGCCGCAUCAACCACACAAGUCAUGCGCGUUUCCUGCCCAGCUAUUUGAGCUUUCAACUCGCGAUGAGCAAGGUCCACCGCCGCCAUCUACCUGUCACGGCGGGGUGCAUAAUGAUGGAUGCAUCGUCGCAUGCAGGCUAUACGCACAGCGGCGACAUCUCGAGCAUCGGUGUCACGCUGUGGGAUCUAUUGGAGGGCAAGAAGCAAUACGACCUACAGAUUCGCAAGAUGACGAAUACAGCGACUGACUGCACCUCGCCGGAAUCUCUACACUAUGGAUGCACGACUGGAGAAACUUCUUCCUUCGGGAGGGUGAGCAUCAAUAUUCUACCAUCCCAGUGCCCAGCGACUCCAAAGACUGCAGUUGAAGCCCACAAUAGCUACAACUUCGAGGAAGCAGCCAGGACACUGCAUGGCGCAGAAUUAGAAAGCGUACUAAAUCUACAGGGAGCAGAAACGUGCGAGACGACAGGCGUUAACAUCAGCACGAUGCAGCCUCUGUACCUGGUCACUGCUCGACGAUCAAAUACACACAGACUCACACUGCUACAGAAAGCAGAAAAGUAUGCUUAA